UCCUGGAAUAUUAUUGGCGAAACUCGCUGUCAGUCAAACGUGCGCGCAGCUGAUUGGUGACGUGAGCGGAUGUUUUCUUCACGGCUCUGCUUUACGGCAAACGCUUGCGAGAGGAACUCGUUUGUUUAGCUGCUGGAACAACCGACACAAAUCAGAGAUGAUUGAGGUGGUGUGUAAUGAUCGUCUGGGGAAGAAGGUGCGAGUCAAAUGCAAUCAGGAGGACACCAUCGGAGACCUGAAGAAGCUGAUCGCAGCUCAGACAGGCACACGCUGGGAGAAGAUCGUGCUCAAGAAGUGGUACACCAUAUUCAAGGACCACGUGUCACUGGGAGACUAUGAAAUCCAUGACGGCAUGAACCUCGAGCUCUAUUACCAGUAGAACACACACACACACACACAGCACCACAUUACAUCACCAACACACACAGUGUUUGUGGAGCGAGUUAGUUUCGUCAUGCCUCGAGGCAUCAGAAUAUUUGUUCAGUUGAACUGUUUUGAUAUAAUCUGGAAAUAAAACUCACAUUUAUGUACGA